UGAUUCAAAACCUAGUUUCUCUGCAACCGCCGCUCUUAUCUCACCUCCCCCAGACUGCCCCCGAAUGGCCAGUACAACAUACUCAUCAUAAAUACAUAAAUCCUUGGAGACAGAGAAUGCGAGAAGAGAAAGAUCAGAAUAACAGGCACAGACUUAAUUUGAUUAGUACUAGCUAUUCCCUAUGGCUAGUUCUAACCUACCGCCAUAUCAACCCACCUCCAAGCCUUCCAAGCCCACCACUGGCGCCUGCAUCUCCUUCUCGAGGAAAACCACCAACCUCUACUCUCUUGUUGUCUUCCUCUGCAUCACCUCUUACUUUCUCGGCGCUUGGCAACGAGGCGGCACCACUAUUCCCAGCACCAAUAGUUUAGUAUCGGAUGCAUGUAGUCCAGUACUACUCGAUAUCAACCUAGACUUCAACACCCACCAUAGCCUCAACGAUGCCGGCGAAACUUUACCCUCCAUUAAUACUAGCAAGAGCUUAUACCCUCUAUGCGACGUGAGUUACAGCGAGUACACUCCCUGUGAGGAUGCAAAGAGAUCGCUCAGGUAUAGCAGAGAUAGGUUGAUAUACAGGGAGAGACACUGUCCCGAGAAGAGUGGGCUCUUGAAGUGUCGCGUGCCGGCACCAUAUGGGUACAAAAAUCCGUUUGCGUGGCCGAAAAGUCGGGAUCUUGCGUGGUACGCGAAUGUACCGCACAAGGAGUUGACAGUGGAGAAGGCGGUGCAGAAUUGGAUCAGAUAUGAAGGAGAUAAGUUUAGGUUUCCGGGAGGGGGGACUAUGUUCCCUAAUGGUGCUAAUGCGUACAUUAAUGACAUUGGGAAGUUUAUCAAUCUUAAAGAUGGGUCUAUUCGGACCGCCAUUGAUACGGGCUGUGGGGUUGCAAGUUGGGGAGCAUAUCUUCUCUCCCGUGACAUCCUGCCAAUGUCAUUUGCCCCGAGGGACACCCACGAAGCUCAGGUGCAAUUUGCUCUGGAGCGAGGUGUUCCUGCUUUGAUUGGUAUCAUUGCCUCUAAGCGACUUCCUUACCCAUCCAGAGCUUUUGACGUGGCCCAUUGCUCUCGCUGCCUCAUUCCAUGGGGCCAACAUGGUGGGCUUUUCUUGAUUGAAGUUGAUCGGGUUCUACGCCCCGGUGGGUACUGGAUUUUGUCUGGACCACCCAUCCACUGGAAGAAAUAUUGGAAAGGUUGGGAAAGAACAAAGGAAGAUUUGAAUGCUGAACAGACAACCAUUGAGAAUGUUGCUAAAAGCCUUUGCUGGAAAAAGUUGAUAGAGCAGGAUGAUAUUGCUAUAUGGCAAAAGCCCACCAAUCACUUAAACUGCAAAGUUCACCGUAAACGUCUCACCCAAAAUCCACCUUUCUGCCCAGCUCAAGAUGCUGACAAGGCCUGGUAUACUGAAAUGGAGACUUGUUUGACAACCCUGCCUCAAGUUUCCAACAGUGAAGAAAUAGCGGGUGGAGAGCUGGCAAAAUGGCCUGAAAGACUGUAUGCGAUACCGCCUAGGGUUAGUAAGGGAACUGUGUCGGGCGUUACAGCUGAGGUUUUCCAACUAGAUGCAGAACUAUGGAAGAAGAGGGUGUCAUAUUAUAAAUAUGUAAACCAACAGUUGGGACAAGCUGGGAGGUACCGCAACGUUUUAGACAUGAAUGCUCACUUGGGUGGCUUCGCUGCUGCGCUAAUUGAUUACCCACUUUGGGUGAUGAAUGUGGUUCCUGUCGAGGCAAAGGUUAACACACUUGGAGUAAUAUACGAAAGGGGAUUGAUUGGAACAUAUCAGAAUUGGUGUGAAGCCAUGUCUACUUAUCCAAGAACUUAUGACCUCAUUCACGCUGAUUCCGUCUUUAGUCUGUACAAAGACAGAUGUGAGAUGGAAGACAUUCUGCUGGAAAUGGAUAGAAUUUUGAGACCAGAAGGAAGUGUAAUCUUCAGGGAUGAUGUUGAUGUUGUGAUAAAGAUCAAGAAUGUUAUCGAUAGAUUGGAAUGGGACAGUGUAAUUGUUGACCAUGAAGAUGGGCCUCAUCAGAGAGGGAAGCUUUUACUUGCGGUGAAGAACUAUGGGACUGCUCCUGCUUCCGAUCAAGAAGAACUCCAAACAGCUAUUAGAGCUUGAUAAUUCUGUUCAUUUUUUACCUUAAUUACCUUUUUUCCAUUUUUUUUCUCUGGUUGGUUAAUAUUGAAAUUUUGGAAUUUGGCACUGCAAUACA